AUCAUUGAAGGUUGAAAGUUGUGUUUAAGUAGUUGGAUAUUUGUGUCAGCGCCCACUUUGGUUUUUACUCGUGCUGAUGAUGACGGAGGUGAAGGCUGUAGUUAGGCACAAAAAGGUGUCGGCAAAACGACAAUUUAGGCAUCGGAGGUUUAUAACCAAGUUAAAUGACAAGCGAAAGAAAAACGGACAAGAACCGUUACCUGGGCUGAGGACUCCCAAGGCAAAGGAACAACAAAAGCCAGUGAAAACUCGAUUCCCACGGAACUAUAUGGCUCAACAAGGAAAGACGAAACUACGCCUUCGUAAGACUAAAUGUUUCUCUCAACACGUCCGAAAGCUCCGUUCCAACAUCCAACCAGGCACCGUGCUGAUAUUACUAGCUGGUCCACACAAAGGAAAACGCGUGUUAUUCUUGAAAGCACUCAAAAGUGGUUUACUUCUCGUUACAGGUCCUUUUAAAUAUAACGGUGUUCCCCUUCGUCGAGUGAGUCAGCGUUACGUCAUUGCAACAUCAACGCGUGUUGAUUUGUCGGAGAUAAAAAUUCCUGAACAUAUUGACGAUGGAUAUUUCCGUCGUACCGAUUUGAAGGAGCGCAAAACGGAUGCUGAAAAACUAUUUAGUACUGAAACAAAGAAGUAUGUUGUCAGCGACAUCAGGAAACAGGACCAGAAAGUUGUUGACAAGCAGGUCAGUGCAUCAAUGAAGAGUCAUCCUGAUUCGAAGAUGCUUCACGCUUACAUGCGUUCACUGUUCUCACUAGGCAAAAGGGACUAUCCUCACAAAAUGGUAUUUUAACGUGUUAAAAAAUAUAUUUUUGACGGA